AUGGCAGAAAUUAACAUCAGCGACUCUGACCUGCAAGGUGUAGAGAACAAAGUUGUUCUCAUGACUGGUGGUUCCUCGGGCAUCGGCCUAGCAACAGCGACCCUUCUUCUGAGUCUCGGAGCCAAAGUCGUCAAUGGCGACUUAAAUCCUCCCGCCGAAGAGCCCAAGUCUGGAUCCUACAAAUUUGUCAAGACCAAUGUGACCAGCUGGUCAGACCUCAAGAGUUUGUUCAAGGAGACAUUGAACCUGCACGGUCAAGUCGAUCAUGUCUUCGCCAAUGCCGGUAUGAGACCAACGGUCGAUUAUGUCCACCUCCAAGUCGACUCCAACAACGAGCCUCUUGAACCCGGUUUCUUGACUCUGGACGUGAACCUCAGGGGUGUCAUCAACACUGCCUCUUUAGCUUUGCACUACAUGCAGCAGCAAAAGCCUUCUAUAACACCCUACAGCAUAACCCUCACAGCCUCACCAUCCUCCUUCCACCGUUUCCGCGCUGCCGACUACGGAAUCUCCAAGCACGGUGUCCUCGGUCUGUUGCGUGGUCUGGCACCUGUCACUUACCCAGACCUUCCCAUUCGUGUCAAUGCUCUUUGCCCAUCUUGGACAAUUACAGCACUUACCAAAGAGUCCAACUACAAGGGUGUGAAUGCAACUCUGCAGCCCGCAGAAGCUGUUGCCAAAGCUGCUGUAUUGUUGAUGACAGAUGAGAAACGACACGGCCAGAUGGUUCUGAGUGUUGGCAAUAAAUACAGAGAAGUUGAAGAGGCGGUAUUGCUGAAGGCCAUGAGUCCGGAGAUCAGAGGACAACAAUUGACAGAAGAUGAGAUUUGUGCUGGCGUGGUUGCGAACAUGAUGCAGCAGUAG